CUGGCUCGGAAGCGAUGGAGGAACCCAAUUGGCUGGAGGAAGAGGUGCCUUCCUUCGGCUGGAAGUAGCCCUCGGCCGCUGACCUGCAGCUCCUCUCUUGCAGCGCGUCUCCCCGCAGCCCGCCUCCUCCACCGACUCCGUUUCCGGCCUCCGAGCCUCUGGCGAGAUGUUGCUGCUGGUGCUGCUGCUCCCCGCGUGCUGGGCCGUGGAGGUCCGGCGGCCUCGGGGCGUCUCCCUCACCAACCAUCACUUCUACGAUGAGUCCAAGCCUUUCACGUGCCUGGAUGGCUCGGUCACCAUCCCUUUUGAUCAGGUCAACGACGAUUACUGUGACUGCAAGGAUGGUUCGGAUGAGCCAGGCACGGCUGCCUGUCCUAACAGCAGCUUCCACUGCACCAACACUGGCUACAAGCCCCAGUACAUCUCCUCCAGAUGGGUCAACGACGGAGUCUGUGACUGCUGCGACGGGACGGAUGAGUACAAUAGUGGGACCGUCUGUGAGAAUUCUUGCAGAGAGAAGGGCCGCAAGGAGAGAGAGACGUUGCUGCAGAUAGCCGAGGUUACCCGCGAGGGCUUCCGCCUGAAGAAGAUCCUCAUUGAGGACUGGAAGAAGGCUCGGGAAGAGAAGCAGCAAAAGCUCACUGAGCUACAGACCGGGAAGAAGUCCCUGGAGGGCCAGGUGGAGAUGCUGCGGACGGCGAAGGAGGAGGCCGAGAAGCCCGAGAAGGAGGCCAAAGACCGGCACCAGAAGCUGUGGGAAGAGCAGCAGGCCGCCCUCAAGGCCCAGCGGGAGCAGGAGCUGGCGGCCAGUGCCUUCCAGGAGCUGGACGACAACAUGGACGGCGUGGUCUCAGUGGCCGAGCUACAGACUCACCCAGAGCUGGACACAGAUGGGGACGGGGUGCUGUCCGAAGGGGAAGCCCAGACCCUGCUCGGGGGAGACGCGCAGAUGGACCCUGCCUCCUUCCACGACCGUGUCUGGGCUGCCAUCAGGGACAAGUACAGCUCCGAGGCGCUUCCCACUGACCCGCCAGCACCUUCUGUGCCUGAGCCCACGGAGCCCAAGGAGGAGCAGCCCCCAGGACCCUCACAGCCCGAGGAAGAGGAGGAGGAGGAGGAGGAGCCAGAAGGAGAGCCGGAGGAAGAGGAGGAGGAAGAGGAGGAGGAAGACUUCCAGGUGCAGGGGGAGCAGCCCAAGGAGGCCCCGCCCCCACUCACGCCCCCCCAACCAGCCAGUCCCACGGAGGACAAGAUGCCGCCCUACGACGAGCAGACGCAGGCCCUGAUUGACGCUGCCCAGGAGGCCCGCACCAAGUUCGAGGAGGCCGAGCGGUCCCUGAAGGACAUGGAGGAGGCCAUCAAGAACCUGGAGCAGGAGAUUUCCUUUGAUUUCGGCCCCGAGGGGGAGUUUGCCUACCUGUACAAACAGUGCUACGAGCUCACCACCAAUGAGUAUAUCUACCGGCUCUGUCCCUUCAAGCAUGUCUCCCAGCAGCCCAAGCACGGCGGCGGCUCUCCCACCAGCCUCGGCACCUGGGGCUCGUGGGCCGGCCCCGAGCACGACAAGUUCAGCUCCAUGAAGUACGAGCAGGGCACAGGCUGCUGGCAGGGCCCCAGCCGCUCCACCACCGUGCGCCUGCUGUGCGGGAAGGAGACCACGGUGACCAGCACCACGGAGCCCAGCCGCUGUGAGUACCUCAUGGAGCUGACGACGCCUGCCGCCUGCCAGGAGCCGCCCCCCGAGCCGCCCGCCGACGGCGACCACGACGAGCUCUAGCCCCGCCCGCCGCCCAGGUGGGCAGGGAGGGGUCCGCCCGCCGCCCAGAACCUCAAGGCAUGGAACCAGCCUCAGUGGUGCCACCUGCCUGCCUGUCUGGACGGAGGCCGGCCCCUCUGAGUCUCCAUGCCCUCCCCCCCAGGCAGGAACUGUGAGGGGCCCCCUGCCCUGCUCUUGGGCGGUCAGGCUGGGCAGAGCCAUUUGCCCAGGCCUCAGUGGGCCUCCAAAAUGGACUAAAGUGCACCCUCCCGGGCCAUAGCCUGGUGACUCACUGCCACCCUCCUCCCCCGUCAUCCCCCCACCCCCACCCCCACAUCCCCACCCCUGCCCAUGGUGUCUGCCUCCCACUGUGACCUUGAAACAAUAAAUGACAUCCCACCCACGUGCGUCUCCUUUGCUUUGGGCCGAGGGUGAGCACAGGGCAGAGGCAGGCCACACUGUCUGCAGGCCCUUCGGCUGGCACCACAGGCGGCCUUCUCAGAGCCCGAGUCACGGGAGGUGACCAAUCCGGAGAUGCACACACACACACACACACACACACACACACACACACGGCACGUCCGGCACCGAGGGACAGAUGGGCGUGUCCAUCGCGUUCCUCCGGAGCUUCUCCCUCCUCCGAGCCUCUGUGGGCCGAGGAGCUGAGCCUCGACCCAGGCCUGAGCCGCACACUCACCGCGCCGCCCUCCGGCACAGACACCAGCACGGCUGUAAGAUUCUGAACUUUUAUUUUCUGGCAUGAAAAGUACAAAUAAUUAAACAAUUCCAUGUAAAAGUCUGUUACCGCGGCCAGGCCUGUAAUCCGGUAAUAAAUAGUCUAAAUGCAA